AGCGAAAGUCACAAGAUACUGCAAGCCUUCCGCAUUCAGCCGACGCAGAUAACACGUCGAAAUUGAAAGAGGCAGGAUUGUUUUCAGCUUAAGAAAUCAAGUAUUUGUCUGGUUCUGUCAUGGAUCAACUACUUUUUUGGGCCCUCUUCUUGAGCGUGAUGAGCUCAUUCGUCUGUCAAGGCUGUGAUCCUAGUGAAAUGAUCAAACGUCACGAAGGUAUGAAGCAGUGCAUGUACCUCGACAGUCGAAAAAUCCCAACCAUCGGCGUCGGGUUUAACCUGCAGGCGACGGGAGCCCGACAAGCUAUAGAAUCAGUUGGCGCGAGCUAUGACCGUAUCGUUAACGGGCAGGCCACACCAGUGAGAACUGCUUGCGACUGUUCUCGUGUCGUUUGCCUAAACCAAACACAAGUGAAUGGUCUGUUCAAAAUUUCAUUAAAGAGAGCAAUGCAAGAUGCCACUGGUGUUAUACCCACUUUGCCUAGAUUAUGUUGCGGGGUGCAAAAUGCUUUGGUCGACAUGACUUUCAACUUAGGCAAAUCCAAGUUGGCCGUUUUCACCGACUUCUUGAAAUUUCUUAGAAUGGAGAACUGGCAGGUGACAGCAGACGAUCUACUAUUGACCAAAUACUGCAACGACCGAGACACCUCGUCUAGAUGUAGGGAACUGGCUGCAUACAUUCAGAAAGGGUGCCCCUGUUUCGGCAGCUAUCCGAAGCAGUGUUCCAGCCAGUCCGCUUGUUGCGGGGCCAAUACCAAAUGCUGCCAGUACACUCAUCAUUUCAGCGGCUACAUCACAAAGGAUUUGACAGAGAUCGGCUGCUGUCCAUUUUCAGAUGGGGUCUGCUGCCCACCCGCUCCCUUUUGCUGCCCCAGCAACUACCCAGUGUGUUGUAAAGACAACAAAUCGUGUUGUCCAGCAGCGUAUCCAGUUUGUGCAGGAGAUUUAUGCUACAGAGAGAAUGGGACCGAAUGGGUUCCAAACAAGGCCAAAGCAGCUGCAAAAAGUUUCAAAUCAGAGGCAAAUCAUGACUAACUGAAUAGAAAUACAAACUUGUUUAUAUAUACUUGUCUUAGACUGCAUUCAGAUUCACACACCUGGCUGGGUUGGUCCUUCUUCUUAAAGUGUUAUCAGUGGAAUCAAUUCAUUUGGCUGACACACCUCUUCAAGCAGCUAGGGGGUAAGUAACUAUCACCUGCUGAUUAAGCCGAUUCACUUUUGCGAGAAUCUCCUGCAGAGUUGGACCAACCCACCUAGCAUGGCAUUUGAAUCUGAAUGGGCCCUUAGUGUUUCAUCCUGCCUCAUUUUAAUGCUCAGAUAAACUGGUUCAAUAGUGAUAGAGCCUAUACCAAGAAACUGAGAAUAUUACUUGGCUUGGCUAUUUGAAACCUGCUAUCGGUCAAAGUAACCUGACUACUAACACACUGCUUUGUGAACAAACAGAAUUUAAUUUUAUUCACCGUUUGCUAUAUAUUACAUAUGUAUAAUUGGCUGUUGUCCUACACAUAAGAACAUUAUUCUUACUGCAAUGCUGAAUAAAACCACAAGAAAAUACUUUUCAUUAGCUAUAUACAAAGGUGAAUCAGAUCUGCAAGGUGUUCAUAUGUGACAAAUGCAUUUUAAAAUCACAGAAGGAUAAAUACUUUACCCUGCAAAAUACUAUAACCACAAAUAUUUGAAAAUUUUAUGUGAUUACAACAUUAAAACAGUAAACAAUUAUUACAGGGACGAUAAUACUGCUAUGUGAAUCAAACAGAAAGAAAAAUACAUGUAGUUUCAUUAUGAUGUAAAAAUUUCCCUUACAUUUAUACACACAAGCUAUGGUAGCUGUAUCUGCAUUUACAAACAUUAUGAAAACUUAUCUGGCAGUGUAGGUUACCAAAUGGAAAAGCUGCUGUAAUGGCACAUGCUGUGGAAGAGCAUGCUUAAAAUGUUACAACAAGUAGACAUUUUUCAAGACAUUUUCUAUAGAUAUUCCUCUUACAUUUUAAGAUCAGUCUUCUAGCUACAUGGUAUUAUGACCAAUAUGUUAACAUUACUACUGGUCUUCACUGCCAAAAACAUUAAAAAAUUAUGUGAAGGUGCAUUUUUACAAAUAAUUUGUCCAUGGUAUUAUAAGCAGAGUAUAAAAUUAUAAAUAACAUUGAAACUCGUUGUUUUAAAAAUAACAGCUACAAGGAUUGAUAAAAAUUGUCCACAGUGCUGAUACCAUAUGAGAGCCCCAUAAAGCUCAGCAUAUCAAGUGCCUGUAUAUGUAAUCUCAUCUAUCUUUAACCAUAUUUUCUGUAAUAAACUAAUAUCAUAUUUUGAUCAUAAGACAUCAAAUAGUCUGUGCUCUGAUGUACUUUGUACUAUCAUUCUGCACAUAAAUGUAAGUAAAAGCUUUGAUAUGUGCCAAACAACAAUAAUAAUACUAGUAGUUAUGUAUAACUAGCACUAAAAGGCAAGCCAAACGGUUUACAACUUCAAGUUGUGUGCUUGAAGAUUUGAGCAGUGACCAGUACAAAUGCAGAUGAAUAGCCAAAAGACUGACGGCCAAUGUAAGUCCUUGUUCAAGUAUAUAAUGGUAUAAAACUACAAAAUAUGAGAUCUAAUUAAUGACUUGACUUAUAAUGUCCACUAUGAUGGAUAUCAUAGGUCAGAUCAACUUAAAAUACAUAGCAACCUUGCCAUUAAAAAAAAAUUAUCGGCAUCAACAGAGGAUGGCAACUGAAAGUGGAACUUUUUUGUGAGAAAAAACACAGAGUGCAAUACAAUUGCAGUAAACAAAAUAUAAAAUCCAAAAACAUCAAAUUAAACAAAAAAAUUCUGAUUGUCAAAAAAAUUAAUCCAGCAAGUGUGAAAGUUCUUUACAAGCACAGUAGAAAAACAUUUAUCGAAUAAAUAAAUAAAUCCAUAUGAUUAUUCUUUUAUAUGUAACACUAUAAAUUAAGCCAAAAGUUUAUUAUGAAAAAAGAAAAAAAAAACCUAAACAAGCACUAAGGCAUGUAAAAUAUUCUAUGGUGAGCAAAAUAUUUUCUUUUUUCAACAGCAAUUAAAAGCACCUAUAAAAAGCUAUUAAUAUUUGUUACAAUCAUCUGAGAUCAUUGAACAUUUUUCCUUACAGGGUAAGUUGAGGCUAGCUAUGUGCCCUGCCAAUUAUAUGAAGUGUGCAUAUAAGUACUGUCAUGUUAUCAAGAUAGGUCAGAAACUGUUACAGCUCUCUGAAAACCAUAUUUUGUAAGGCUAAAGAGUUAUGGAUAAUGAUAUCAAU